CUGCUCUACUUUGGACAUAUUGUAAGAAAUCAAAUAAAUACCAUGUUGAUUGAGCAUGCCAAGCAGAGAAACAAAAGAAAUCCGCUCUCGCUCUCUCUCGGUUCACACAGGGACAGCCGCCGACCUUCUUCCCCGGUGGAAACAGCCGCCGGAGGGCCGCCUCCUCCGUUUCCCUCACCCUCUUCUCUAUCUCUCUCACUCCGAUCAUCAACGGCCGCCGCGCCAACUGCAACCUCGCCGGCCACGGCGGCUGCCGCUGCACCUUCCCAUCACCGUCGCCACCGCCGCUGCAACCAUGGGCUCAGCCGCAGCAUAUUACUACACCGGAUGCGAGCACGACUACCAACCGCACUUCCUCGAUUCUUGCUCGCUCUGCCGCAGACCGCUCAGCCAAAACAGCGACAUCUUCAUGUACAGAGGGAAUACGCCGUUCUGUAGCCAAGAGUGCAGACAGGAACAGAUAGAGAUGGAUGAGGCGACGGGUAAGAAAUGGAAGAUGUCGUCGUCUUCCUUGUCGUCUUCGUCGAAGAGAUCGAGCGCUGUGAGAUAGACCUCCGAUUCCGCCAAGGAAUCCGACACGAAUAAAGCUGUACAGAGGGGAACAGUGGCCGUGGCUUGACUCUUGAGAUUAAAGUUAACUGCAAAUAAGUAUAUAUAUAUUGUAUUUGAGAAGAAAUUACUGAUCACUUCCUCGAUGAA